AGUUGAAUUUGUACGGAGGAAACGACGUCCUUUACGAUGGGAGGUUCUUCUUCAUAUACGACGUCGUUCAAGUGCGGCGUCAUUCCAGAGAUCCCCUCAUUCGACAAACGUCCACGAUUACGGAAUGGAAGCUUCGCGGAGCGAUGGGCCCAACCCGAGCCAGAACCAGUCGUCGUCUUCACCGAUAAUGUCGUUGGGGCCGGUGUGGCCGACGAUCGACGGUCCCUUGGGUUUGACGGAGGAAGCGUCAGUGGAUUACGCUCGUCGUUUCUAUAGAUUCGGCUUCGCUCUCUUGCCUUGGCUCUGGGCCGUCAAUUGCUUCUAUUUCUGGCCUGUUCUCCGUCACUCGCGAUCUUUCCCUCGCAUCCGCCAUUAUGUUGUCGGGUCAGCUAUCGGAUUCACAGUCUUUUCGGCUCUUCUUUCUGCAUGGGCUUUGACGUUUGCCAUUGGUGGAGAACAACUCUUUGGCCCCGUUUGGGAUAAGCUGGUUAUGUACAAUGUCGCUGACCGGCUAGGCCUCUCUGGCUUGGCUUAGCAUUGUUCACUGAUCUUCUCUCCUGUUCAUCUUUACCGUAGAAGAAACAGGAAAUCUUACUAUGUUUCCCUCCCUCCAGAUUAAUCUCUGUCUUUGCUACUAAGGUUGUUAAUGAAGUUGUCGACCCUGUUGUGUAGUCUCUUACUUUCAAUUGUCUUAGCAAAAGCCUCGGUAGUUUCAUUCUGUU